UCGCUCCGGGAGGUCGCUCCCAUGCUCGGUUCGUCCAAUGGUCACCUUUUCACCUCUUUUGAGCUCCAAAUAACCUCAUGUGGUACUCCAGUACCUAAUAGAGACUCAUGUAUGCAAAAUGCAACCUAAACAUGUCUAAAUCCUAAUCUAUAUGAUGAAAAUGUUUAUGAAUGAAUGGAUAAAACAAUGCAAAUAUGCAAGAUAUCAUUAAGGUGCUUGGGAUAGUGGAUGGAGACACCAAACCGGCUAUGGGAUACAUAUAUGCUGCUAUGGACAGAGCUAAAGAGGCUAUUGCAAGGAGUGUCAAGAUGAAGCAAGAGAAAUAUGAGAAUGUGUUUGAGAUCAUUGAUUGAAGGUGGAAUUGUCAGCUUCAUCAGCCUCUUCACGCAGCUGGAUACUUCCUUAAUCCAGCUAUCCACUAUGCCAAUCCUGAAGACGUGUGCUGUGAAGAAGUUGAGACUGGUUUGUACAACUGUAUCAACAGGCUUGUCCCGGAUGGUGAGAUUCAAGAUAAGGUGAUGCUGGAGCUUGAUUUGUUUUAAAAGGCUGCUGGUCUCUUUGGGCAUAACAUGGCAAUAAGGCAAAGGGAGAUGAAAGCACCAGCUGAUUGGUGGUCUACUUAUGGAUCAUCAGCUCCUAAUCUAAGAGACUUUGCUGUGAAAGUACUAAGCCUAACUUGCAGUGCCUCUGGAUGUGAAAGGAAUUGGGGUGUUUUUGAACUUCUUCACACAAAGAGAAGGAACCGUUUAGCUCAACAUCGGUUGAAUGACAUGGUGUUUGUCAAGUACAACCGAGCCUUGCAACGUCGCAUGAAGAGAAGUGAUAGCACUGAUCCUAUUCUCUUAGAAGAGAUUGAUGAAAGCAAUGAAUGGCUGAUGGGAAGAAUGGAAGGAAACUCUGAUAGUGAUGAUCUAGAUGAUAAUGUCUUUGAGGAUGAAGAUCUGACAUGGAGUGCAGUGAGUGAAGCAACAAGAGCUGAGGAACCUAACUACACUACUAGAGGAUCAAAAAGCUCAGCAGCGGCAGACAAGGGGAAAGGAGUUGCCUCUUCUUCAACUCAGCCAAGACAGGAACGAUAUGGUCCAGGUCCUUCUAAUCUGUCUCUUGUUGAUGUCGAUGAUGAUGAACUGGAACAUGAUUUGGAAGCAAAUGGCUUCGACAAGGGGAGGAAUUGGAGUUCCAAGAUGACUCUGAAACAGAGUUUUAGAGUUGGUGUUUUAGUUUUGGUAUUUUGUUUUUUUUUUACUUUGAAUUAUGAACCGUUUUGGUUUUGAAUUAUGCUUCGUUUUGGUGUUUUGGUUUUGGUUUUCUACUUAUGAUAUGUUAUUUUGGCUGUUCUCUACAUUAUCAAUAAAAGAUGUUUUGGUUUUAUAUUUAUCGUGUCUUUAUCUAAGUACAACAUACUUGACAGUGUAAAGUGUACAAAGUUACUUUCUAGUCGUGUGAUACACGUAGCGAACGCAAUGAGUCGCCAUGGCGCCUGGCGAGAAUCGACCUCCUGGACGCCAAGCCUCGCCAUACGCAAUUUAAAACCAAGAUUGCCACUGAUCAAAACACAAACAUAUUUGCUAAUCCAUUAAUUUCCUAUAAAUCGUUAUUAGACCAUUCAGUCCGGUAUAUAAUCUAUUUAAUUAAGUUUGACCGGCACAUAGGCUUAUAUUAUUCAAAACCAAUACUCUUGUAAACAUAUAUAUGACCAGUCGUAAACCUAUGAUCAUGCCAUUUAUAAUUUAGACUAGGUUAAGAUCCCGCGCAAUGCGCGGAAUGAACAUUAUAUAUAAAAAUUAUUUUAUAUAUUAUAUGUUUAUAACAUAUUAUGAAAUAAUAAAUAUAUAUUGAAUAAUUAAAAAGUCAUUAUCUAAUACUUAUAUAAUUAAAUUGAUGUGAACAUAUAAAUACAUUUUAUAAAUCAAAAUUUUUUUUUUCUGUUUGAUAUGAUAUAUAAUUAAAUUUAA